AUGAGAGGCCUCUUUUUUAUUCUCACCGCAAUCAUCGGCAGUGUGGCUGCCGCUGAUCAAUGCACGAAAGACAAUUCUGCUUCUUGCUGUCAGGGCUAUACAUACAAUGACAAUCCACUCCAGAAACGCACCACCGUUCCAGUGUGCGACGGAACGAGCAUUGAUCCUGCCCCUGGCCUGACUCCUCCAACGUGUCCUACCGAUAGCAGUGGCAACACGAAGAAUCCAGUGUGUACCGCGAUCAAAACGAUCCCGCAAGGGUCCUUCGACGGAACCUUAUACUGCGGCAAUCCAUUAGCAAACACUGGUUCUGGCACUGUGAAAGGAACGAUCCAUGUUGAAGUCGGCCCAUGCCAGGUUCCUGCGACGGGCUUCUGUUUCAUACUGACGGCCACAGCACCACCUGGUACCACCCUUGACAAUGAUUUUAAAGUUCAGAUCUCCACAAGUCCUCUCACUAGUGACAACCCGGGACAAUUUGCCGUCAAGGUUUCGUCUCAGCCUGUCUAUUACCCAUUCUCUUUGGUUUACGGCAGUACCGACCCAUGCGCAUCAGCCAGUCAAGGAACGGUCUAUAUCGGCUUCCACACUGGGGAUGGCAGUGAUACAUGUUGGGCAGGCGGCAACAGUCCCACAGACCCGCCGACUCAGACUAUCCCGGGUGGGAAUAGCAACUGGGCUCUACAGUUCUCGUUUGUAUUCACCUGCAAGGAUGUCUGCCAGAGCUGGUGCUGCUGUCCGCCGCCACCGACGAUCCCAGAUUGCCCUACUGAUUACAGCCAGUCCUGCCCGGGCUUGUGCAACCCGUCUAAGCCGGGUACCCAGUGCAAUCUGAUCCACGUUGCUAACCCGUCAGGAUGGACGACCAAUCCAGACUAUGCCCAGAAAUGUUGUUGCAAGCCGCCUGAUACGCCCCAGUGCGCAACAGGCCUACAGAAACACGUCUUAGAUUCCGGCGUCAGUACAUGUUCUGCCUUCUCGGGCGUCUGUGGCAACCCCGUCCUCGGCACCAUCGCGGAUUGUAGCACUGGCAACUACAAUGGCGUGUGCUGCUGCUGUACUCCUAAUCAACAGUGUUCCUCCGGAACUAAGACCGACACCGCAGGAGCAUGCAGUGGGAGCCCCCCAGCAGGGCAGACUUGCACUUCACAGUCCGACGGCUGUGGAGGCCAGAUUUGCUGCUGCAAGCCCAGCGGUACUUGCAACACCCAGACAGCCUUUGGCGUCCCCGCAAGUUGCAGCGCCAACACGGUCUGCAAUACCAACACACUCUCGUCCAAGGGAUGCGGCAAAAACCGCUGGGGCUGGUACAUCAACGUGGACCUGAGUGGUGGCGCGACGGCUACUUACAAGCUCUACGCUGGAGCUGGGCUUAACGACCUGAGCAAGGGCACUGACGUCGGGUCGGUCUCAGUGCAGCCCUGCUCAAGCGGAUCGACCCAAUAUUGUGCCUUCUUCAGCACCAUGGGCGGCUGGGUCAUCGUGGACACCCACGUCGAGGCUGAUUGCGAUGCGCUUAGCACGCGUACGACGCAGAACUUCCCGUGCGCACCAGGCGGCUACAACGACAACGGCAGCGGAACUUGCGGCUCUGGAGGUCUCCCGGGUACAACGUGGCAGAGCCAGCCGUUCGUAGCCUGCGCAUCCAAAAAGUACGCCGUCAUCUUCCAUGCGGCUGUGGCGCACAGCGAUUCGAACUGCAGCCCCUCCAACUGCGGAAGUGCAGAUCCUACUUCAUGA